UAUGACUGAUCCAGUAUUAUAUCAUAGCAGCCGCCUUCACUUUCUGUUUGUAGUGUGGAGUUGACAGUUCAUUGGAUUAGAAUAUAAGAAUUCUUAAGUAUUUAUAGCACUUAAUAAAUUGAAUAUGGCUGAUAAUGAACAGAAAGCAAUGCAGCUAGUUGCUGACGCCGAAAAGAAAUUAAAAUCGGCUCAAGGAUUUCUCGGCGGUUUAUUUCGUUCCUCCUCAAAAGUUGAAGAAGCAUGUGAAAUGUAUACAAGGGCUGCUAAUAUGUUCAAAAUGGCCAAAAAAUGGAGUGCUGCCGGGAGUGCAUUUUCCGAGGCUGCCUCUCUGAGAUUGAAGAUGGAUAACAGGCACGAUGCAGCAUCUUGUUAUAUUGAUGCUGGAAAUUGUUAUAAAAAGUCUGAUCCUCAUGAGGCAAUUAAGUGCAUUCUUAAAGCAAUUGAAUUUUACACUGACAUGGGACGUUUUACUCUUGCUGCUAAGCAUCACAUGACUGUUGCUGAAAUCUAUGAAACAGAAAUGGCUGAUAUUGAAAAAGCUAUGCAUCACUAUGAACAAGCAGCAGAUUAUUUUAGAGGUGAAGAAUCAAACAGUUCUGCCAAUAAAUGCAUGUUGAGUGUCGCCAAGUAUGCAGCUCAAUUAGAGCAGUACGAGAAAGCCAUUAAUAUAUAUGAACAGGUUGGAGAAGCUUCUCUGGCUAGUCCCUUGAUGAAAUAUAGUGCUAAAGAAUAUUACUUCUGUGCUGUUCUUUUACAUAUGUGUGUGGAUGUUUUAAAUGCCCAACAUGCGAUUAAAAAGUAUGAAGAACUGUGCCCUUCUUUUCAUGAUUCUAGAGAGUGUAAAUUUGUGAUGACUCUUUUAGAAAAGCUGGAAGAGCAAGAUGUUGAUGGUUUCACAGAUGCCGUCAAAGAGUAUGACUCUAUCUCACGACUAGAUUCUUGGUACACCAAUAUCUUGCUUCGCAUAAAAAAAUCAAUGCAAGAAAAUCCAGAUUUAUGCUAAGUGUUGCUAAAGUUUUCACUUUUAUUCAUUCGCUUUAUCGCAGAACUGUUUAGUGAAAAAUAUAUUUGCUUUAUUGCAUAGCUCA